UAAGUCGAUCUUAAGGCCCUAGACUUCAGCUCAGUCUGCACUUGGAGGCCCUAGGAGAGAUGUCCACCUCUAUGGGAGGCCCUGUCCUGCUGUGGACAGCUUUGCUGCUCUUUUCUCCAGGUGGCAUGCCAGCAGCCACCUGGAAAUCUACAUUGUCCUUGAAUCCACCAUGGAACAGAAUAUUUCAAGGAGAGAAUGUGACUCUUAGAUGUAAAGGGAACAAUUCCCUGGAAGUUAACUCCACGAAGUGGACCCACAACAAUACCAUGCUAGCAGUGACAGCUCCAAGGUUGGACAUUGUGCAUGCCACAUUCCAGGACAGCGGGGUAUACAGAUGUCAGAGCAAAAACCUUAUCCCAAGUCAACCGGUGAAUCUAGAAGUCUUCAGCGAUUGGCUGCUGCUUCAGUCCUCUUCUGAGGUGGUACAGGAGGGUGAGUCCUUCCUCAUCAGGUGCCAUGGUUGGAAGAAUAGAAAUGUCUCCAAGGUGAUUUACUACAAGGAUGGCAUAGCACUGAAGUACUGGUAUGAUAACUACAACUACUCCAUUACCAAUGCCACCACAAAAGAUAACGGCAACUAUUACUGCACGGGCAAAAUUUGGCAGAUAAACUUUUCCUCGGAAUCCCUCAAGAUAACUGUAAAAAAAGAUUCCUUUCACCAAAGCAGCUACUACUCAUGGCAACUCCUUAUCCCAGUUUUGGUAGCCAUCCUGUUUGCUGUGGACACAGCGCUAUUUAUCUCAACCCAGCAGCAGUUUGCAUUCAUCUUGAUCAAGAGCGCCAGGAAAGGCAACAAACGUAUGGACCCACAGCCACAGCCCAAGCCAAGGCCCCCAAAGUGAUGUCACCACUCAAGAAACAUUUGCAGCAACAGUUCCCUCAGGCAUCCGCAAUUGCUUCUAAUGUCACACCCCACUCACAAUGUCCAUAGAAAAAUCUGUGUUCACCUGACUGCUCACUAAACCAACUACCACUGGUUAAGUGGCAUGUAAUAAGUGCUCAAUAAACAUCAGUUAAACAAGU